UAUAGAGAGUCAAUGAUGUGGUGGCGACCGUCCCUGGUGUUGGGUGGACCACGCGGGGCAGCACAGCAUAGCACACGGCCCGAUGUUGUGAGGAUGGCGGGGCAAGACGUGAGCGGCGGCUUGCGGGACGCGCUCAUAGAGAAUCUCAACAACAUCCUUUCACCCCAAGCAGAAGUGCGGCGGGCAGCUGAGGAACAGAUCCAUGUCUUAGAAGUGACAGAGGAGUUUGGUGUGUUGCUGGUGGAGCUGACCCUUGACCGCAGUGGCCCACUCCCCAUCCGCCAGCUUGCCUCAGUCCUCCUCAAGCAGUAUGUGGAGGCUCACUGGUGCACAGAGUCGGACAAGUUCCGUGUGCCAGUGUGUCCUGAGCAUGCUAAGGCUAAGAUCAGAGAGCUGCUGCCCCAUGGCCUGCAUGAGCCAAUCAGCAAAGUGCGCUCCUCAGUGGCCUAUGCUAUCUCGGCCAUUGCUCACUGGGACUGGCCAGACCAAUGGUGUGGCCUGUUUGACCUCCUGAUGGCAGCCCUCAAGACAGGCCAGGAGGCGCCGGUGCACGGGGCCAUGCGGGUCCUGACAGAGUUCUCUCGUGACUUGACUGACCAGCACAUUCACCAGGUGGCACCCGUCAUCCUACCCGAGAUGUAUAGGAUAUUCUGUGAGGAGGAGAAGUACGGCAUCAGAACCAGAGGCCGAGCGGUGGAGAUUUUCAGCACUCUCGCCAACCUAAUCUGCAUGAUGGGGGAGUACAACCGCAGUCUGGCCAAGAACCUGCUGUACCCAAACCUGCCAGCCUUCACUCAGGCGCUGGUCAAGGGGCUCCAGGUUCCUGAUGGCUUUACAUCUGACUCUGGCCUCAAGAAGGAGAUACUUAGUGCCCUGACAGUCCUGAUGAAGAACGUGCCAAAGCAGAUGGGGCAGUACUUGGGGGAGGUGUUGGGCCCUGUAUGGCAGACACUCACCACCAGUGCCGAGACUUAUGUCAACACCACUGUCAAUGCCAGGGAGGAUGCUGAUGACCCUGUGGACUCUGAUGGGGAGGUGCUUGGAUUUGAGAAUCUGGUGUUCACAAUCUUUGAGUUUGUGCAUGCACUGGUGGAGACAACCAAACACAAGCAGCUGGUGAGACGCGGUGUGGCUGACCUUGUUUACUUCCUGCUCCUCUACAUGCAAAUGACAGAAGAUCAGAUUGAGAACUGGAGCAACAACCCCGAUGCGUUUGUGGAGGAUGAAGACGAGGACAGCUUUGCCUACUCUGUCAGGAUAUCAGCCCAGGACCUCUUGCUGGCGCUGUGUCAGGAGCUGGCAGAGGAGUGUGGCCAGGGGCUGGUGGUAGCUGUGGGGAGGCAUCUGGAGAGGGCGGCUGGGCAGAGGGCAGCUGGUGACCCCGCCUGGUGGAAGACUCACGAGGCUGUCAUGCUUGCCUUGGGAUCAGUUCGGGAUCUAAUUCUGGACCAGGUCGCCAAGGGUCACCUCCAGUUUGAUGUAACGCACUUCAUCCAGUCUGUGGUGCUGGCUGAUCUCGACCCCAACUUGUCCCCAUUCCUGGCGGGACGAGCGCUGUGGUGUGGCAGCAGGUUUGGCCAGGCAGUGACUGAGGAAAUGCUAGAUCGCUUCCUGCAGGCCACAGUGUCAGCUCUCAAUCACAGUCCGAGCCCCAUCAUCAGAGUGUCCGGUGUGAGGGCUGUGUGGGGCUUCUGCGACUACCUCAAGGGAAGUGGGCGGCCAGGAGCAUUGCAAGCGUACCUCCCAGCAAUCCUAGAUGGCCUUGUCAAUCUGGCUACCCAGGCGUCAUCUGAAGUCCUAUCCCUCAUUCUGGAGACCUGUUGUACUGUGGUGUCUGUGGAUGCAAGCUUCACGGCUGCCAAUGUGGGCCGCAUAUCCACCCUGUGUCUGGCAGUGUUUAUCAAGGCUAAUAAUGACCCUGUGUUGGUGGCACUGGUGCAGGAUGUGGUGAGGGAGCUGUGUGCCAGUCCUGCCUGCUCCACUACGCUGCAGACCAAGUUUAUUCCCACCUUGGCUUCUAUACUCAAUGCCUCCACAGAUAAGGUCCCACCGGGCAUGCAAGCGGUGGCACUGGACAUGCUGGAGGUGAUGGUGCGGUCGUCAACACCACCACUUGGGGAGCAGCUGGUGGGUGUUGCCUUCCCUGCUGUGCUGCAGCGAACACUCAACACUGACGACAACUCCACCUUGCAGAACGGAGGGGAGUGCCUGCGUGCAUACGUGUCUGUGGCGCCGGAACAGGUGAUAGCAUACCGCGAUGCAGAGGGACAGUCAGUAGACUAUGUAGUGCAGGUCGCCACACAGCUCCUCUCCCCGGCCACCAGUGAACACACAGCCACGUUUGUUGGCCGGCUCAUCACUGCUCUUAUCAGGCACACUGGUGACCACCUAGGCGAUAAGCUUGACCUCCUCCUGCGUGCCGUCCUUAGCAAGCUGCAGGGAGCAGAGAGCCUGACAGUGGUGCAGAAUCUGGUGUUGGUAUAUGCCCAGCUGGUGCACUCGCAACUGGAGGGCGUCCUCACCUUCCUAGCAGGAGUGCCAGGUCCCUCUGGCCAGUCAGCACUGCACUUUGUCCUCACCCAGUGGUGCUCCAAGCAACAUCUCUUCUUUGGUGCCUAUGAAGAAAAGGUGAGUGCUGUGGCGCUGGCCAAGCUGCUGGAACAUGGAGUGACUGCAAAUGACGCAAGGCUACAGGGAAUCAUUGUGCAGGGAGACCAGGUGUUCUCUCCUGAGGCACGCAUGAGGACACGUUCCCAGCGCGUUGCUCACCCCGAGCAGUGGACACAGGUUCCCGUCUUAAUCAAAAUCUUCAAGCUUCUCAUUAAUGAACUUGCCAACGCCAUUGACUCCAACAUGGCCAAGGACGAGGAGGAGGAGAGUGAGGACGAGUGUUGGGAGGAUGAGGAUGAGGAGGGACAUGCCAAUGGGGAUGGGACGCUUGCCUCCAUGUUUGCCCCGUGCGCUGCCUUCCCCGGCUACGAUGCAGACACUGUGGACGACGAGGAAGACCCUGAUGCUGUGAAUGAUCCCCUCUACAGCCUGGACCUGCAGCAGUACCUCACCAACUUCAUCACCACCUUUGCCCAGCACCCUGCCUUCCCCGCCUGCGUGCCUCACCUCAACCCACAUGAGCAGGAGGUUCUCCAGGGCAUUGGUGUCCAGUGCUGAGGUGCCAAGGGUGCCGCUGGGGUGCCGCUGGUCUGCCACAUCCCCAGUGCCACAGCAAGAGUUGGCGUCCUGUACUGUUUUGAUAGUAAUGGAGGAGGCAAGAGAUGGAGACAGUUGGUGAAGUGCUUGGGACCAUAUUCUGAAACACUUCAGUCCACACCUCUGCUUCUUUCAAGGGGCUGUAGUUGAAGUUUCUUGGGUUUUUAAGGGUGUUUUUUUUGUUCUAGUGAGAGGUUAACAACAUUUUUACAUUAUUAAUGGGAGAAACACCCUUGAGAACCAGGCUAAUUACUUCUGUGUGUCCUUUGAAAAUUGCCAUGGUGGAAGAGCAAAGCGUUUCUGGAUAACGGUCUUGAGUUAGAAGGUGAUACGGUGGAGACCCCAGGGAGUGACAUGCCCACUGCCACUACCUCAGUAAUGGCACUGGGCAGUGGUGCCAGGCCAGUCACAAGGGCAUUAAGGCAUCAGGCAGUGAUGGCUGUGCUAGGUUUGGUCCCCUUGAUGUAUGUAAUAUAUCUAUGCCUCUCAGAUAAACUCAAGAUGCUUGACGAGACAGGACAAUGUUCUGAAACACUUCUGGCCGCAUCAUUACUUUCAAAAGGCUCUAUUUGAAGUUACAUGGGUUUUUAAGGAUAUUUUUAUGGUUCUAGUGACAGAUUAACAAUAUUUCUACAUUAUUAACAGGAGAAACACUCUUGAGAACCCAGCCAGUCAUCUCUGUGGCCUUUAUAGUUGUGGUGAGAACAAAGGAUUUCUGAAUAUGGACCAGAUGCCUAGCAAGAACUGGCCAUCUGCUGCCCUGCCACACCAUAUAAUAAGCAGCUGGAAGUGGCAUGCCUGGCACCAUCACUCCACCACAGGCAAGGGAAAGACAUUCCUUCCACUGGUCUGCACUGAGGGGCACUCUGUUAAUCUGUCACGGCAUCCUGGGAUCUGGUGAAGAGGUUUUGCUCAUAAAGGCAUAGGAUGAAGUGCGAAGCAUUUCUUAUACGCUAAAAACUGUGAUGAUAACCAAUAAUAAGGGCUUGAGGAUAACUUUUAAGAUAUUUAUUUUUACUUGCAUGGACUCUGAGGCCAGGACAGACAGAUGUGGGUGAACCUUCCAAGCAUGUAACAGGACAGGGGUUGUGUGGAUGUGUGGAGCUGCAGCCCACACACAAAGUGUGAGGGUGGAGGGGGCAGAGGCAGAGUCCUGUGGUGCUGCAGUGGCUUCAUCAACGCAACUCUAGUUAACUGCAAGCAUUGGUCACCGCCACAGCCGCUGAUAUUGGUCUGUGUCAAAUUUAGCAAGAGUAGCUGAUGCUUCUGGUAGCUUUCAUAAUGAACAAAAGACAGUCUUUACUCCCUUAUCUCUGUAGUCACGAGCCGGUGGUAACAAGUGGAGUCCUGGCCUACCCAACAAGUGUCUGCAACCUCUGAGGUCAUUUUCCAAACCUUUGAGCAUUUACAGAAGACAAAACAUUAUAUCUACUUGUGCUGUCGUUGUCAUGAUAUUAAUUGACGUCCAUAUGGCAAGUUGUUCCAAGGGUGAAAGGGAGAGAGUAGCUUUGUUGUGAAGGAAGGGAACUUUUGGUGUUGGUCUUUGGGAAAUGGGAAGAGCUUGAGCUGUCCUCUGACUUUCCAGGGCUUUGGAGAUCAAGAGGAGCUGUAGCUGUUCUCUGAUUCACCAAAGAUAAGGAAUUUGUCACAGCAUAUUGUUGUGAAGUGUUCACUGGUCCCAUCUUGGUGAAGGAGAGAAAUACAUUUCAUCAUUGUGAGCUUGAAGUAAUCUCGUAUAUGGAGAGACACUUAUCCAUAAGGUCUGUUGUGCUGUCCAUUCUGGGCCAGCAGGAAGCUCACAAAUGGCAUCACAUAGUACACUUAACAGCUCACACACUCAGGGGGUGAGGUGGAUAUGCAAGCAUUAAAAAUUAUACAUUGAGUUUGUGUAGGCAGUUACAUACACAACACAAUGUCUCUUUAGUGCUAUCUAUUCUGGGCCAGCAGGAGGCUCACAAAUAACAUCACAUAGCACUUCUAACAGCUCACAUUAAUGGAGGUGAGGUGGAUAUCAGCAUUAAAAAUCUUAUUUGUUAUAUACAGCAUAACAUCUCUUUUUUUGAGUUUGCAGGAGUGUCUGCAUAUCUCAGCUAUAUACAGUCAUAAAUAUUGUGUCAUCAGGGACUUGCAGGAACCCUUGCAGCUCUGUCACUUCAGGGGGACGUAUGUGGCCGGCCUCCUUAUGCAUCUCUGAGCUUGCAGGGAUCUCUGUGCACCUCCUUCUUCCUGUAAUCCUACGCUUUAAAAUCACGAUGGUGUCCUAGUGUGGCGCGCUUACACGUAUAAUAUUAAUAACAGUUGUAAUAAUAAUGAUAAUAAUGGGGAUAUUUAGUAUUUUCAUAAUGGUUAUUUUUUUGAGCCAGACGAGUGACCGGUGAAGAGAGACCUAUGCUCCCGGAGAGGAUUUAUACGACUUUUGUUAAUCUGACAGACAGACUCACUCCUACUGCAGAGGUAUAGUAAUUAUGUGACCUAUUUUUAUAUUGCUUGUUAACUCUGAAAAGUGUCUAUGGUUCAAGUAUAAGCUUGUAACACUGGAGAGGAUGAUUCUUCCUUUGUAUGGCCACUUUAUAAAUAUACAUGUAAAGAGCCUGACU